ACAACACCAGUCUACGUGGAUUCGCCACGACAACAUGGGCGCCAUCUGGAGGUACCGCUGAUCUGUUUGUUGCCUCAUUCAGUAGUGACAAUAGACAAUAUCUUCCCAACAACUAUGACAGUGAGAAUACUGUGUAUCAGCGUUCUGUUCCUUGCUGCAGCUUCCGACCCCUGCGCCGACCACAAGUACAUCUACGACAACGGGGGACGCAAUCCUAAAUGUCCCUACCAGCCGGAGGAGUGUGACCGCUACAUCACGGAGAACUGGUACCAGGUGGUCAACUACCAUGGGGCUCUGGAGAUGCCAACAUCCCACGUGGACAUCAACAGCUGCGGCGCCAACUACCCCGGUUGGCUGAAUGGAACCCUUCCUUCUGUCACCGACGGCAUCGUGAACAUGACUGUUUGUGUCAGCUUCUACAACGAACCGUGCAAGAAACAAGUUUCAAUCCAGGUGAAAAACUGUGAUCAUUUCUAUGUGUACUUCCUAGUGAAGAUGGACGGCUGUUCUGAGAGAUACUGCUUUGGUACUGAUGGUGAAUGUCCAACUACAACAGAAGCACCAACUACAACAGAAGCACCAACUACAACAGAAGCACCAACUCCGUCAUCAACAGCUUCAACAGCACACACAACUGAUAAACCCACAUUUGCCUCUCCUCGUGAGUGUCCAUUCGAAAUCUACCGCACAUUGACGAUUUGCCUGGUAACCUUGUGGGCAGCAACUAUGAUGUUUGGUGUUAUAAAGCUCUACCACAGAUCGACCCGUCAGCGAGUAGUGGAAACAAUGCCAGCAGAAAAAGUUACAAUAUAAUCCGGCCUACAUGUGGAUCGUCGGUUGUUCGUUUCAUUACACAUGUCGAUAAUGUGUGUAUGUUGAAGAGAACUGUAUUUGUAUAUAUCUAGAUAGGACAACGUGAAGAACAUCCAUAUUCUACUCAUGUUAUAGAUUGUUUCUUUUUGGAAUAAAUGCAUUCAAAUGGCA